AUGGGCUGCUUUUUCGGCUGCUUUCGAUCCAGAGAUUCCAUCCUCAAACCAAUCGAUCCUCCUACGGAGCCAGUGGUUUCAGGGAGUAAGAAUGCGCUCUCGUCGUUAUUCCAGUGUGAUGACGAACCAAUUGGAAAGGGAGAGGAAGGUCAGAAGAGUUUGGGAUCUGGGGAACUUGAUAUGAAAGAGCUAAAGGAAGAGGCCAAUCUCCUCAAAGCUUGUGGCACAUUACCUGAAACUCCUGUUGAAAUUAGAAAGGCCUUGGAAAAGUGGGAAAGUAAAUCAGAUUCUUUGGGUGAUUCUCCAAGCAGCUGCAUUACUGAAGGAUGGAAUCCAAGACGUGGUAUGAAGAAUGUCAUUACAUCAUUAGACAUGCCCGAUAUUGGAUCCCAUUCCGAAAGUUCGGCAGUUUCACAACAAGUGCUAACACCUGAUGCAGAAUGUAAAGCAAAACCUGUUCGUUUUGAGUGCGACUCAGAUAGUUCCGCAUACUCAUCAAAAGGCUCCUCUGAAUUCCAGAAUCGACCCUACAAACAAUUGGGAUCGGCCGGUAACACAAGUGUACCAAAACCAUCAUCAUAUCCAACCCCUUUGAAAUUGUCCGAUGAGGUGCAGACACCUGGUACUGAUUUUAGUGACAAGAUAAAUAUGUUUGGCUGCCAGAAAGAAGAUGAUGUGAUGUUGACCCCAGUGACUGAAUCAGCAGCAAAACAGAUUACAGUUGGAAAAGAGAUGAAGAUUGAAGCAAGCCUGUCUGAUUGGCUGAAGCCGGUUACACACAUUAAUGGUGCUAAUAUCGAAAAAUUUGGCCGUGGCUCUCGUGAAAAGGUUAAUUUUCGGAAAACACCUGGGGAUAGGCCUAUUUUGGGUAUGGUGGCGGCUCACUGGAAUGAGGAUGAAACUCCUCAAGUUCCACCUAAGUGGUUUGAUGGGAAUGGUAUCCCUAAUUCUACUAACAAGUAUAAAGAGGAUCAGAAAGUCAGCUGGCACGCAACGCCGUUUGAGGAGAGACUGGAGAAGGCAUUGUCUGAAGAGACCUUUACAUCUAAGAGGAAACCUAUUGGCAUGACACCUUCAUUUGAUUUCGGUGAAUCUGAAGAGUCCGACACUGCCUUCUCACAUAUGCAAUCUUCGGACCGCAUCAAAUCUGUUGUUUCAUUCUGA